GACAAAUUCACUACUUUUUCGGACAACAAGAAUGAAUCGAAACAAUGGACACAACUCUCGACUCUUUUCCCUAACAGUGAAUACCCUUUGGAUGCCAUUCAUUGUAAUCGCAAUUUCAGUUCAUGUGAAUUAUAUAAAGGCGAUAAAAGGAAAUUGUAUUCAAAGGAUUUGAGCGAUAAGUUUGUGUUUAAAGACGAAACUCCACUCAAUAGUGUCGGUAUUCCCGACAAUUUGGACACAAAGCUUACUAUACCGGCGCCGACUACACCCAUACCCACGACUCCUGUGACCACUGAAUCUCCCGAUACAACACAAUUCACAUCCCCUUCACAAACCUCUCCCACGCCUACGAAAGACUAUAAGAAUUAUAUUAUAAUUGAUCCGGAAGAAGAGAAAGCGUUACGAAAAGAGAUGAUUAGAUCAAAACUGGACGCUUUGAAAGCCAAACAAUCUAAAUGUCUGCAAAAGUCAUCACCAGAUUCUAUGGCACUGUUGCCCAACCAAACUGUGCUCUCAUUUCAAGACCCAUAUCUGUUUGCCAUUGCAUACAAUGCAACCACCGAUCGGAUAGCGCUUCACAUGAAUGCCACACAACAAAUGGAUUCAUUAAAAAUUAGCAAAUAUUUUGAUUUAGGAAAAACACAUUUGGGUUCACUCUUUGCCACAUCAAUGGUCGACAAUGUGAUGGAAAUGUCAAACAGCGAAUGGUUUGGCUGUCCGUCGAGUCUUUGUUUGAGUGCAUCAAUCGAUGCAAUGAUUCCCAGAAGUGAACAGUUUUUCUAUAUAUUUAAAGGCAAUUAUUAUUGGGAAUUGAAUUUGAAUUACAAGUCAAUGCUUGAAGUUAAAAGUGCCAUUCAAUUGAUACCCGAUUUGCGAAACAUUGACACAGACGAUAAAAUAAUGUUGUAUUCAAAGGACUCAAACAAUAAAUUUGUGUUUAAAAGCGAGAGUUCACUCAAAAGUCUGGGACUUCCCGACGGUUUGGAUGCGGUCUUUACCGAUGAAAACGGGGAUAAGAUUUACAUCAAAAACAAUUAUCUCAUUUGGAAAGAGUACGCAAUAUUCAGACAAAAAUUGAUACAAAAAUUGUUGAAAUGUCCGCAAUAUUUCUAUCAAACAUUAUUACACAAUGAAUUGAAUUCGUGGCAAAAGUUUAGAGAAGACAUCAAAACAUAUGAUGUGAUCAAUUUCAAAGAGGAUCCCAUACCUGAUCCCAAACACAUACCAACAACUGUCACAACAGUUAGCACUACAACUGUAUCCACACUUAAGCCAACUUCACCGCCAAAUCUAAUGAUCUUUUAUGGUUUAAUCGGCGUAUUUGUCAUAAUUGUAUUCAACAAA